AGAAACGAAGUAUUUCAAAGAUUACAACUGGAGCAGCCGUGAAUGGAUGGAGGAAGUCAGGCGGCCAACAGUGGAUGAUGCACUUAGCAGGGGGAGGAGGUGUUGAUUGCAAGGAGUUUUGAGACACAUUAUUGACUUUUGGGUGCUGAAUAACCAAUUAUGGAGUGCAAUGGAUGGUGUAGGCUGGGAAUUUUGCUUUUUUUCCCCCCUAAAUCCAAACCCACACAAAUCAUGCUUCUUUUGGCAGCAGGAAUAAUUCUUGGGCGGGAGUAGUUUCAGUAGAGGCCAGCAACCGGCAGCAGUCAACACAUGAUGCCACGAUCUCGGAUUAAGCAGAUCUCUCGCAUAUUAAGAAGAACAAAGCUACGAUCUCACCGCACAAUUCCUCACUGUUUCCGUUUUCUUUCCUCCGUAACGCGCAAUCGAGAACAAUGCUCGCAACUCUCCAAAAUCCAUGGUAGGGGGCCCAAACCCUAGCCCAGUCACCAACGAACUCUCCUCCCCUACCAUCUGCUUUCUGAUUUGGAUUGCUCGAUCUAGAGAGCAUUUCUGGAUUUAAAAGAAGAGACGAAGGAAUUUGCACUAGAGAGAGGGUGGAUGUCACUCAUCAUCUCAAUUUCAGUAUCAAUUUCUUUAAUUUUCUGACCUUGCACACAUAUGGGACUUUGAUCGAACUUCACUGUGGCAAUGAUGGUGGCUGGCCGAACUAUGGUUAUAGUGGCGAUUGGGGUGGUUGGGCUAGCAACACUACCUCGGGUAUUGAGCUGAGAGCAAGGCCGCAAACCAACAGGGAAAACAGUUUGAGCAACUAAAGAACUAUGGAGCUUAGGUUUGUAACCCUGUCAAACCCUUACACCAAUGAUGAUAUUAUCAAGUGCGUAACGCAAGUAUUCAUAUGGCAGAUUACAAAUAUUGUAUUGUGUCACGAGGUGGCCUUCACCGGCGAUACCUCAAACCUUUAUCUUGACCCUAAAAGUACCCGUGCCUUGAGGGAAAAAAUUCUUAUCCUCAAUGUCUUAUUUUGGCCUAUUCUCAUUCUCCCCACUCUCUCCAUCCCUGCGCCGCCGGUUUCUCUUUCCCUCCACCCUCUCCGCCGAAACCCUUCCAUUUUCACCGCCGUUGGAGUCCAGCAACAGACGGACAAAGGAUCAGCUCUGCCGGCGCGGCAGCAGCAUCAAUUCGACGACUAUGCGGAGGAUGAAUCCUACGACGAGGUUAGCAGGAUCAUCAGUAGCUGGGCAGUCGAAGGCGGAAGAGGGAUGGAAUACCUGAUCGAGUGGAAAGACGAACACCCCCCGACCUGGAUCCCUUCCGAUUUCAUCGCCAAGGACUUUGUCGCGGAGUACGAGAUCCCCUGGUGGACAGCCGUCAAAAAGGCCGACGAAUCCUCCUUGCGGGAGCUCCUGAACGCCGGCGACGGCGGGAGGGACGCGGACGCCGUGGACGAGGACGGGCGCACGGCUCUACUCUUCGUCUCUGGGCUUGGAUCCGAGGAUUGCGUCAAACUGCUCGCCGAAGCAGGGGCGAGCGUCAAUUACAGAGACCCAAGCGGUUAUGUCCGGCCAGGAACAGUGAAGAUUCUGAUCGAACUUGGAGCAGACCCCGAGGCCGAGGACAACAAGGGGCAGACCCCCCUAGAUCUGGCAAGAACAAUCCUGAAGAAGCUAACCCCAAUGCAAUUCGAUCGAAGGCUAGGGUUGCAAAGGGUGAUUGGGGUUCUGGAAGAUGCAAUGUUUGAAUUUGCAGAAGUGGAGGAGAUAAUGGAGAAGAGGGGGAAAGGGGAGAAGGCAGAGUACCUGGUGAAGUGGAAGGACAGAGAGGCAAACGAGUGGGUGAAACGCGCUGCUGUAGCUGAUGAUCUGGUGUGUGAUUUUGAGGCGGGGGUGGAGUACGCGGUGGCAGAGAGAGUUUUGGAGAAGAGAAUGGGGGGAGAAGAGGGGAAGAAGAAGGUGGAGUAUUUGGUGAAGUGGUCGGACAUGGAAGAGGCAACUUGGGAGCCCGAAGAGAAUGUUGAUCCUGCAUUGAUUAUCGACUUUGAGAAGAAGAAUCAGCAGCCAUGAACCAUCACUGACAUGCUGCUUUCGUGUUGAGGACCAUGUCCCUGGCUCGGUGCAACUUGGAUGAGAUGUGUAAUAGGAAUAAGGCUUUCUCCUAGCAGCCAUUGCCAUCAAGCAUGGAUUGGUAGUGGUGAUUUUUGGAGUAAUGCAUAUGUUGUGCUUGGUUGGUUUCUUCUCUGAACAAAGGUUUAUGGUAGUU